AUGACGGACGAAGACUACAACUCCCCGUACACAAUCGUGGACAACAUCCCGGUGCCUGAUCCGGGCCCGAACCAGAUUCUUGUCCGCAUCACGGCCUCGUCGCUCUGCAUGAGCGAUGUCAUGGGCAUCCGAGGCUACACGAACAGCCCAUUGCCUUACUGCGGAGGCCACGAGCCAGUGGGCCUGGUAGAGCAGGUCGGCCCUGGCGUCUGUGGCUUCAAGUCUGGCGACCGCGUCGGCUUCAUGCCGGCAUCCCGCACAUGUCAGGACUGUGCAGCCUGCCUCUCGGGCAACCACCGGUACUGUGCCGAAAAGGUGUCGGUUGGUUUCAGCGGACGCUACGGCGGGUUCUCGCAGUACUGCCUCUCGGAUCCUCUGUCCACGGUCAAGGUCCCAGACGGCCUCUCGGACCAGGACGCAGCACCCUUAUUCUGCGCCGGCGUCACCGCGUACGGUGCCGUAAAGAAGGCUGCCCGCAGACAGGUCGGCGGGUCCCUGGUCAACAUUGUCGGCUCCGGCGGCGUGGGCCAUCUGGCUAUUAUGUAUGCCAAAGCCAUGGGCUUCCGUGUGCAUGCCUUUGAUGUAGCUGCGGACAAGCUCGACCUGGCGCUGCAGUCGGGAGCCGAUGCGGCCUUCAACUCGGCUACUACAGACCUGGCAAACGUCGAGAAGGCUGCAUCAACGAUUGUCAUCAGUGGUGCCAUCAAGGCUUAUAGCUUUGCCAUGAAGAUCACCAACACGUGUGGUGCCGUGAUUGCCGUUGGUGCGCCUCACGAGCCGUUCCCUUGCAAUGUCACCGAGAUGGUCUUGAGCGAACUCUCUCUCAUUGCGACAAACCAAGGUACAAAGCAGGAACUCUCGGAAGCUGUGGCACUCGCUGCAGAGAAGGGAAUCAAACCCGUCACCCAGACAUGGCAUAUCGACGACAUCAACGCGGCCAUGGAUGAUAUGCUGGCUGGAAAGGUGGCCGGAAGGAUUGUAUUUCGGAUGUGGUAG